AUGGAUGGAAACCGCUAUGGAAACCGCUUUGGAAAGCACUAUGGAAACCGCUUUAGAAAGCACUAUGGAAAGCGCUAUGGAAACCGCUUUAGAAAGCGCUAUGGAAACCGCUUUAGAAAGCGCUAUGGAAACCGCUUUAGAAAGCGCUAUGGAAACCGCUUUAGAAAGCGCUAUGGAAACCGCUUUGGAAAGCACUAUGGAAAGCGCUAUGGAAACCGCUUUAGAAAGCGCUAUGGAAAGCGCUAUGGAAACCGCUAUGGAAAGCGCUAUGGAAACCGCUUUGGAAAGCGCUAUGGAAAGCGCUAUGGAAACCGCUUUGGAAAGCGCUAUGGAAACCGCUUUGGAAAGCGCUAUGGAAACCGCUAUGGAAAGCGCUAUGGAAACCGCUAUGGAAAAUACUGUGAAGGCUUUGAGAUUUAUUUUAAAUAA